AUGUCAGAGAACAGAUAUCAGUUAUGGGGUGGUUGUUUUGAAGAAGAGGCCUCACAGGAUCUGAGGCACUUAAACGAUUCCCUAGCAGUAGACAGUCGGCUCUUUCGGGAAGAUAUUCGGGGUAGCAGUGCUUGGGCUCAAGAGCUGAAUAAAAGCAAACAUCUUUCCGAUGAUCAUUACAUUGCUAUUAUUGAAGGUUUGAAAAAAGUUGAAAUCGACAUCGAAAGAGAUUUAAAUAGAAGUGGUCGUCUCUUAGAUAAAGAAGAAGAUAUACAUUCCGUAGUGGAACGGCGGCUUCAAGAAUAUGCAGGUGAUGCAGCUUUGCAUUUACACACGGCUCGGAGUAGAAAUGAUCAGUCUGUCACAGAUACAAAACUCUGGAUGCUUAAUUCUGUAAAAAAUAUAAAAAAAGAACUAUUACAUCUUAUUUCGGUAGUGUCGAAACGUGCAGAAAAUGAAAUAAAUGUAAUUGCACCGGGAUACACUCAUCUUCAGCGAGCCCAACCUAUACGAUGGAGUCACUUUAUGCUUAGCUAUGCUUGGCUACUAAAAGACGAUGUUUGUCGUCUAAAUGAACAAGUUAAGCGCUUGUCAAUAUGCCCACUCGGCAGUGGCGCCAUAGCUGGCUGUGCUUUGCCGAUUGAUCGUGUGAGAUUAGCCCAUAGUCUGGGAUUUAAUGAUAUCACACCUAACUCUAUGUUUGCCGUUGGAUCAAGAGAUUAUAUUGUUGAAUUUCUUAAUUGGGCUGCACUGUGUUCAGUGCAUCUAAGUAGACUAGCGGAAGAUUUGAUAAUAUACAGCACUCAAGAGUUUGGAUUUGUACAGUUAUCUGAUAAAUUUUCUACUGGAUCCAGUUUAAUGCCCCAGAAACGUAAUCCUGAUGGUUUAGAAUUAGUGAGAGGGGCUGCAGGAAUGCUUUUAGGUGACAGCUUUUCAUUUAAUUGCACUCUUAAAGGUUUGCCCAGCACUUACAAUAAAGACUUGCAGGUCGACAAGGAAAUUACGUUUAGAUCUUAUGACAGAUUAAUGCACUGCAUAAAAGUAAUGAAUGGAACUAUAAGAACUAUGACCGUUAAUCAAGACAAAGCAAUUGGGCUCCUGGAUUCUAGCAUGUUAGCUACAGACCUCGCGCACGCGCUCGUCCGGCGUGGCGUACCAUUUCGAAAAGCACAUCAUAUUGUAGGGUUCGUGCUCAGACGCGCUGCCGCCUUAGGAGUAGAUCUAAAGCACAUGCCUCAUAAGGAAUACAUUGCUAUAUGCCCAGAAUUUGGAUCUCAAGAGGAGCUAGAGAAAAUAUUUUCAUGGGAAUCUAGUGUGGAGCAAUAUACAAGCGCCGGAGGAACUUCGCGCGACGCGGUUUGGAAUCAGCUGCAGUUGUUACAGAAAUGGUUACAAGAUGAGCAUUGUUAGACUAUAACAUUGUAUUGAAUAAAUGUACUGGGAUAUUCAUUUUACAUUCUCAA